AUGAAGGUGGAAGCUUGGAUGAGUGCAGUUCUGGGCCUGUCUCCUGACAGCAGUGAGCUGGUUAGGCUGAGAAUGAUCGAGUCUUUUCAGGAACUGGGGCAGACCAAACGAAAAAGGGUUCUCCUGUUCCUUCACAAGUUUCUCACAGAGCACCAGAGUUUGCCUUUGUUACAGCGUACAACAUUAUUGAAGAGCAUUAUAUUGAUUGUGAAGGAGAACACUGGACAUUUGAGCCGCCCACUGUCCAAAAAAAUCAUCUUAAUGGCUUCAGUGGAAAUAUCCAAAAUAACAAGUGUAAACGAUGCUCACAGAGAAACAGCAAGUAAACUCCUACUGACUCUGGGCUCCAGUUUCACAACUGAAGUUUUCACGGAACUGCAGUCAAUGAUUCAACGACAGACCCCGGCUAAUUUCUACGUGAUCUUAACAUUGGCAAACUUGUGCUCUGAAAACGUGCACAGUGUAGUCCCUUUGUUGAAGCCAGUGUUGGAAAACAUCCUCUGUUUACUGCAUGUGGAAACAUGUAAAAGAAUGCGGUGGGUCAUCUGUUAUGCCUUGGGUCAUUUAAGCAAGAGCAUUCUGACGUACACCUCAGACCACCAUCUUCCAAUCAGGAAGAAUCCGUACGUCAGCGAGCUUUCCAGUGCUUAUGACGUUCUUUUCCAUUCCUGGUUGAACUCAAGGGACCCCAAAAUGACCACAGGGGUAGUGGAAGCAAUUGGCCAGAUCAUUUACCUGCUCCCCAGUAAUAAGAUCGAGAAUGAGCUGCCCACUCUAAUUCCAGUCAUCCUAUCCUUGUACCAAAAGUCCUACAGUGAUCUCUCCAUCACUAAGGGCCUGUGUGGGAUACUGUAUACUGCCCUAGAAAGGAACAGCAAAAUGCUGCUGUCUCACCUGGAGAACCUGCUCAUCACGUUACAUCGACAACUCUGCAUUGUAAUGGGUCAACCCACCAACUCAUUGUCAGAAUGCCUUCAAAAUAAAAUCCUUUGCUGCUUUCAGAUUCUAACUUCAGCCUUUGUGCAAGAAAUUACAAAAUUCCUUCUGCUACAGUUGGAAGUGUCCAGUGAGCAACUUCAACUGGGAGCUUUGGUAGUGUUGAACUAUCUGAUCAAUACUGUCCCUUCAUCCAUGGAUGGUCACAAGAGUCAGAUUAUGAAUAGUAUGACGCUGUCUGUUUUAAGAAACAGCAACCGAGUGAAGGGUUUACUCAGCCAGCUAAUGUACACAAUGGCCAGUCACAGUUACCUGGAACUGGAAGGUGGAGUGGAGUUGAUCCGAUUUAUCAUUGAGCAGUGUGCACUUCCCACAGGAGAGGACAGGGAAUGUCACAAGACCAGGAAAAGCACAGAGGAGCAUGGCAGUAUCGUGACGGACAGAGAAGUAAGGAGCCUGUAUGAAAGGUUGCUGGAAAAAUUGACCACAACGUUGAUGAUUGACAAUGUUCUCUGGCCAUUGCUAUUGGAGUUUGUUAUCCCAGUAAGGUACACCAAUGCUUUAGCUGCAGUCUGUAGUUCCUUGGCUCACCUGGGAAGUAAGAAACAGCAAGCUGGGGAAACAGAGUUCGUUCUGAAUUACGAAGAACACGCCAAUCUUCCAAACCGCCAGGCUUUGCUGAUUCGACUGUUGGCCGUGGCAUCUUCACCCUAUGAGGGGAGAGGCCAAGGUGCUCCUGCUCUGUCCUUACUCUGGGUCCUGGGUAUCAACAUUCACCCAGCAGCUGUGAAAGUGUGGGACAAAGAACUCCCAAAUUUGCUUCAAUAUCUGCAGGAAUUUUCAGAGGAUGAUCUGCUCCAACAUCAGUGGGAACAGAAACUACUUCAGGUUUUAUCCCAGACGUUGGAGGAGAUAGAAGACGAAGUUUGGAUUGUCCAGCUGAGUGAGGUAGUGACCAAACAGAUUCACAGAUGCCACUGCUCUCCACAGCAGAAGGGGUUUCUGUACAGGUGCCUCGGGAUAGUGCUGCAGCUGACCCAGAGCCACGAAGUGGUAAAGAAGAAACUUCAAGUGAUGCUACAAAUUGUUGAACAUGACAAAGAUUUAGAAAGGGAAGGUGUAGCUACUGGGAUUGGCUGCUGUGCCCAAACUCACUUAGAUAUUACCCUGACUGUGUUGAAAAAUUGCUCAAAACUGAAUAUUUUUAAGAAGACUGCAAGUUUCUACCAGAUAAUGAAGGACCAAGGUAGCAUUGAAAUAAUGAAAGUGAAAAGCACACUUAUUUUAUGUUAUGGAUAUUUAAUCCUACAUUGUCCCAAGGAAAUUAUUUUGCCGAGAAUAGAGACAGAUAUUCUACCGAAUAUAUUGAACCAUUUCAACAUCAAGAUUUUGGGAAUGAAAGUUCAGGUCAAGGACUCAACUAUGAAGUUAAGUCUGAUAAAGACUAUAACCCUUAUGGCCAGAGUAUUCCAGCACACAGAAGGGCAACCUGCCUACAAACUGACCAGAAAAAUUGAGCUACUGACCUACAUGCAGGAGUUCAUCAAGGCCGAGCCAACAGACUCAGUGACAACUUACAUUCGAAAGGCUGCUAUGGAUGCAUGUGCAUGCCUCUUAAUGGUGGAGCCUUUAUUUGUAUUAAGUGAUCAUGAUGAAUUAGUUAAGCUAUGUCUGCACAGUACUUUCAGCUUGCCACCUUUGGAGGGUAGUGAAAGCAGAGAUAAGAUUAAGAGGCAGGAGAUUUACAAAGAAACACUGAUGUCUCUAGAGGAUCUUCUGAGGCAACUUCUACAUUUGGAUUUGUCACCUAAUGGUCUUCAAUGUCUCUUUAACUUCCUGAUGAUUUGGAUAGAAUCCAGAAAGAACUAUGAACGAGAAAAUUCCUUGAUGAUGACUUUGCAUCUCCUGACAUUUUAUCUGGAUACAGGUGUCAUUAAUGAUAAAGUUCCAUCCCAUAAUUUUGUGACAAUGAUUGGAUAUAUAGUGGUUCGAUGCUCAGAUCCAUCACUUAUUGCAAGGGAGGUAGCCGUUGAAUGUUUGUACGUACUGCUUUAUUUGCAGUUACGGCUUGAAGGGUUUCCUAUGGACCACAAAGAUAGCGAUGUGGAACAUCUGAAGGCCAUUAAGGAUGGACUAAAGGACACCAACUUUGAAACUCUCUAUCACAUAUACAUCGAUCUUGGAACAGUCCUGUCUAAUUGUGUGCCCCAUGACCAAAUGAAUACUCUACUCCUCACCAUUUCUGAAGGACUAACUGACGAGCAAUUGAAUGGUUCCUACGUGGCUUCUAUUGUCAUGAAUGUUCUCAUUGAGAAAUGUGGAACCAUCCUUACUGACAUCCCUGGGAUAAUCAAAGUUCUGUAUCAUCAACUGCAGUUGAUUACACAGCCACAAAUAACACGUUUUGUGACACGUUCUAUUUCCAUUCUAGCUUCACAAAAUGUGCUGAUGGUUUUGCCUCAUCUCCUCAAAUACCAAAUUCCACUUCAAACACAUAUGGAUGAUAUAUGGAGAUCCUUAUUGAGUGACAGUACACUCGCCACAACGUCUAUCCAAUACCUGCUCAAUUACUUAAAGCUAAUGUAUGAUGACAACAGUGAGUCUCAGUUUCAAGAAGUGGUGUUAACCACACAUCAGCCAUUAGCUGUUGUUCAUGCCCUUCAUGCAAUGAUAUGCUGCCCCGGCUCCGAGAACGCAAUAAACACUCUGUUUCCCCAGCUCUUCACUGUUAUCCUGCUUUACCUCAGUUCCAGUGUCCAGUUCUGCCCCAGGGAUUUUCUGAGAAUUCCAAAACAAAAUAAGUCCUUCACCCCAUCUGACAAACCUGGCAACACUGACAUUUGCCAUUAUGUUGUUGAAAUACUUCAAGCUAUCCUGAGAUGUGGAAAGUGUGACAUUGCAAACAUUACAGAAGAGAAUGGUUGGGAUCUGAUCAAGAGUCCAGGGAGGAACCACGAGGGGAUUAUGCUGCUGGCCAACACGAUGGCUGUGUGUGCCGUCCCUCACCUCAUCAGUAUUGUGGAGCAACUUAUUCCUUUCCUUGCUAAUAUGCAGGAGCGGCAGAGAAUUGCUGUGGUUGCAUUCUUUGCUGAGCUUUUAAAUCACAGAGUGGUGUUGGAAUUGUCACUUGCAGACACCCUUGUGGGAAGCUUGCUCCGGUGUUUGAUUGACACUUCUCCCACUAUCCAGGGACUUGCCGUAAGGGGUUUAGGAAAUACUGCAAUUGGAGCAGCCCAAAACAUAGAAAAGUACACCAGCAAAUUAUUGUCUGUAUUGAUUGCAGUGAUACACAAGUACUGGAAAUCCAAUAAUCUCAUGGCAAUUGAGGCCAUGUUAAGCAUUUCCAAGGUCCUAGAUUCACUGCAAGAGCAUUUUGAAGAUUCCAGUUUGAUUGAUGUAGCACUUACAAUCGAGCCUUUAUUUGAAAAUGAACAUGAAAAAUUGAGAACUUCUGCAUUUAAAGUUCUUGGGAAACUAAUCAGAUUUGGUAACAGAGAGAGGAACCCUGUGUUAGCAGAACACCUCCAUCCAAUCCUUAUCAGUUUGUUGCUGCAUCUCAACGAUGAGAGCAGUGAGGUGAUCACAGUCUGCAAGUCAGUGCUGAAUCUGAUGGCUCCAAGCAUGGGGUCAGAGAACCUAAGCAAAAUGUUUCAAGAGCUGUCACCAGAGGACCCCACGCUGGUCUAUGAAGCAUACUUGAGCGAGGUGUCCAGGCAUAUCAGUGAAGAUUUGCCUGACAGGAUAAUUUGCUACAUAAUGAGUUGUGCUGCCUUCUUCACGAAUCCCCUACCAGAGAUAAGAGAAAAUGCUGUCACAUUGAUAGGAUUUCUCAUGUACCAUGGAGCAGCAGAGUUUGCUGUACAGUUCUCUGCAGAUUCCGUUUGCAAGGAGAUCUGCUUUCUGUUCUCCGAUCCAGUGAAAAGUGUCCGAAUCAAAGCAGCUGUAGCGACACGCCACCUCCACAUGUACUAA